ACCGCUCCACCGCCGACCCCGACGAACGUGUGCGCCGCGCUCUGCUCCGCUGAUCUGGCCCGUUUCGUGCGUUCACAUUUUUUUUUUUUCCUUUUUUAUUUUACUUUUACCCCGUGUGCCAUCCGGACCUAUCGUUUUCCGCACACGUAGCGCGCCCGGUAGUACUACCGUCUCUCGCAGCCGUUCACCGCGCGCGCGCACACGUACACGCACACGCACAGUAUUUUAAUAUCAUCGCGGUUGCCGUGAUAUUACAUACCGCGGUACAAACGUAUCGAUACGUUUCGUCAUAUCUGCACUUAUUAACCCUCGAACAAUUUUUCCAUCAUGUACACCGUCACCGUCGUCAAAAACGUGCUCGUAAACUGCCCGCGCUGCUGAUCAACGAUUGUUGUACGAAUACGACCGCACAGCCAACACCGCCGCCGUUGUCGAAUCACGUGACAACACUAAGCCGUGACGCACCGUAAUCCUGGCCGCCGUCGCUUUGUGAACUACCCCGUGCUCGAUUCAACCCGUUCGCCCCCCAACUGUCGCAGUCGCGUGAUCCGUUGAGACCACGUACAAUGACGAACCAACCGCCUGGAGCCGUGUCCCCAGCAAAGGAGCCCGUCCGGGUGUUCGAAGGUGUCGUCAAACAGGUAAACUCUGGUGAUUCCAUCACUAUCCGCGAGGAAGUGUAUGUUGGUUAUCCCAAAGAAAAGCAAAUAACAUUGAAUAACAUCGUUGCUCCCAGAUUGGGACGUCGUCCGGCAAAUAAUGAAUCAGGAACCAAAGGAACCGAAGAUGAAUUAUUUGCAUGGGAAGCUCGUGAGUAUCUUCGAAAAAAGCUUGUUGGCAAGAAGGUGUUUUUCAAAACAGCAGGUCAACAAGUAUCAGGUGGAGGAAAGACAACUAGAUACUAUGGAGACAUAUUUUAUCCAACAUUGGAAAACAACAUUGCAAAUGAGCUUGUUGAAAAUGGUUUUGUUUCCGUUAAACCCGUAAAAUCCAACAAUCCAACUCCUGAAAUCCAAACAUUAUUGGAUCUUCAAAAUAAGGCUAAAGCUGCUAAAGUUGGAAAACAUGAUCCUAAUGCAUCAAAGAACAAUACCAGGAAAAAUAACUCUAUUGACGAUGUCGAGGCAUUUUUGAAAAAAAAUUCUAAAAAACGUAUCAAGGCAGUUGUUGAAUCUGUUAUUGAUGGAUCUACCAUCAAGCUAAUGCUAUUGCCUGAAGGAUAUAUGAUUACUUUGUACAUCUCUGGUAUUAAGUGUCCAUCGGAAAGUGAGGAAUUUGGUGAUGAAGCAAAAUUCUUUGUUGAAAUUCGUUUAUUACAAAAAGAUGUUGAAGUUACUUUGGAAGGUGUACUUUCUAAUAAUAAGACUCCAUCUUUCUUCGGCACCAUCUAUCAUCCAGCUGGAGAAAUAGCUGUCGAAUUAGUUAAACAAGGAUUUGCUACUUGUCAAAACCGUAGCAUGAAAUAUUUGGAAGGAAGUGCUGAUAAAUUAAGAGCAGCUGAAAGGCAAGCUAAGGAAAAGAAAUUAAGAAAAUGGCAAAAAUACACUCAUACUGGACCCGAGAUUGCUGAAAAAGAAAUUGUGGGAACUGUUAUUGAAAUUGUGAGAGAAGAAGCUUUAUUGUUGAAGACUUCUCAUCAUGACAAACCCAAAAAAAUAUUUUUAUCAAACAUCAAGCCAGCUAGAUUAGGUAUUGAAGCUCCAAGAACAUAUGAAAACAGUGGUGAUGAUCAACCACCUGCUCCUCGAGCCCCUCGAACUUUGGCAAAACAUUUCUAUGAAAUUCCAUGGGCUUAUGAAGCACGUGAAUUCUUAAGGACUCGUUGCAUUGGUAAGAAAGUGACUGCAUCAGUAGACUACAUUCAGCCCAAGUCAGAUAAGUUCGAAGAGAAAAUCUGUGCUACUGUAACUGUAAAUGGAAUAAAUCUUGCUGAAGAAUUAGUUAAAGAAGGCUUGGCUACUGUUAUGAACAAUCCAAGAGAUGACCAAAUGUCCCAGUGCUUUGAUGAUUUAAAGAAAGCUGAAGAAAUAGCUAAACAAUCUCACAAAGGACUUUACUCAAAAUCGCCUCCACCAAAACAACGUAUCACUGAUUGUUCUAGUGCUGGGGAUUCUGCUCGUGCCAAGGCUCUUUUGCCUAGUUUACAGCGAUUCCCGAGGUUUGAAGCUUUAGUUGAGUAUGUUGCCAGUGGCUCAAGAAUGCGUCUGUAUGUACGAAGAGAGUAUUCGCUUAUUACCUUCCUGUUGGCUGGUAUUACAUGCCCAAGUGGUGAGCGACCAAAUCAAGGUGAUCAGCCCUCAGCAGCUGAAGAAUACCAUCAAGAAGCUUUAGCUUUUACAAAAGAAAAGAUAAUGCACCGUGAAGUAGAAAUUACUGUAGAAUCCUGUAAUAAGGGUGGCAGUAUGAUUGGUUGGUUGUUUGUGGGUAAUACAAAUCUUUCUUUGGCACUUGUUAAAGAAGGUUUGGCCAAAGUACAUAGAUCUGCUGAACGUUCAGAGUACUUCAAACUCUUGCAACAAGCUGAAAAAGAAGCCAAGGAUAAGAAACUUAAUUUGUGGAAGAAUUAUGUUGAGCAACCAGAGUCAGAGGCUAAUAAUAAUACUAGCAAACCUGCACAUGAAGAUGUAGUAAAGGAACGCAAGACCAACUUCGUUGAAGUUCUUGUAUCUGAGGUCAGCCCUGAGUUGCACGUUUUUGUACAACCUGUAUCUGAAGGUCCUAAGUUGGAAAGCUUAACUGACAACUUACGGAAAUACUUUGAUUCCAAUCCUCCUACUCCUGGUUCUUACAGCCCGAAACGAGGAGAGAUUUGUGCAGCCAAGUUUAAAGAAGAUCAGCAAUGGUACCGUGCUAAAGUUGAAAAGAUUGUUGGACAAAAUAUACAUGUUUUGUAUAUUGACUAUGGCAACAGAGAUGUGGUAACUGUUGAUGAAUGUGCUAAUUUACCAUCAACAUUCAAAAAUGACAGACCGUAUGCCAAAGAAUAUGGAUUCGCACUUGUUAAGCUUCCAAAAUUGCCAGAGUAUCAAGAAGAUUCUAUUUUGGAAGUACGUGAAGAGUUCAUCAACAAAACUAUCAAUAUCAAUGAAGAAUACACAUAUGAUAAUAUUACUCACAUCACUGUGAAAGAUACUGAUAAAAAAGAGGAUCUUGUUAAGAAAUUGGUUGAAGAAGGAUUCUUAUUGGUUGAUAGACGCCGUGAAAGAUAUUUGCAAAAAUUGUUAACUGAGUACAUUGAGGCUCAAGAAAAGGCAAAGAAGGAUCGGUUACAUAUGUGGGAGUAUGGUGACAUCACAGAAGAUGACGCUAAAGAAUUUGGUUAUGCUAAAUAGUCUUUCUUAAUCUCCAGAAGACUAAUCAUCCACUGUCAGGCCUUUUACAACUGUACAAAAAGGUGUUUUACAAAUUAAUUAGACAGCCAUAUUAAUAUCUAAUAAUUUUACACACUCAAAUUUAAAAAUUUUAUAGUAAAU